GCGAAACCGGCGUGCUUUGAGGAGAAGGAUAAGUUUCUGCGUCUUUGGCUACACGAGUGUUGCCGAGUCUUCAUGGACCGCCUCAUUAGCGAGGAGGAUAGAACUAACUUCAUCUCAGUGAUCGACAAUGUGAUGGAUGAGACUAUGCAGAUCAUCGAGCGGAAUGAGCAUGUAUACGACAUUGUUUUCGGUGGAGCUGAUUUGAAGAAUCACGAGGCGGAGGACCCCCCAUACGACCAAAUGGUGGACAAGAAAGGGUUGAAGUUGUUCAUGGAAGCUAAACUGGAGAACUACAAUGACGAGAUGAAAGGCAGAGCGAUGGACAUUGUGCUGUUCAAGGAUGCAAUCGAGCACUGCCUCAAGAUUCUUAGGAUAAUACGCAUGCCUCGAGGCAAUGCCUUGCUAGUGGGGGUUGGUGGCAGUGGUCGUCACUGCCAGACGCGUCUGGCAUCAUAUAUCGCCGAGUAUAAGUGCUCCCAGAUAGAGAUCAACAAGAACUAUAAUCAUCAGAAGUUCCGCGAAGACAUCAAGGCCAUCUAUGAGACGGCAGGCGUGAAAGCACAGAACGUGACGUUCCUCUUCAGCGACACUGAGAUCUGCGAUGAAAGCUUUUUGGAGGAUGUAUCCAAUAUACUCUCCAGUGGAGAGGUGCCCAACCUAUAUGCAGCCGACGAGCUCAACCAAGUGAGACAGGAUAAAACCCUGUGUGAUGCUUGA